AUGAGCGGCUGGGAAAGCUUAUUUAAUACCGCUGCUGUCGACUAUAAUAAUGGAAACCUUAGAGAUUCAUAUAGUAAUUAUUUAAAAGCAGCUAAUGCGCUGCUCUACAAGUUUGGUAAUGAGGUCGCUUUUGCCAAUAGAGAGACAGUAAAAUCUAAACCAGUCAAUAGCGUCCGAUUUUUUCAACAGCUCAAAUUUUGUGUACAAAGGCUUGAAGACAUUCUUCAAAAUAGAGCAAUAAAUGGAGUACCUCCAAUCUCACAACUUUCAGCUAUUUCUGAUAACGCCGCUUUAAAUCUUACAAACUCGCACCCGUUGCACCUACCGCUCGUUCCUUUCUCUCCACUUACUAGGCAAUCUAUUCAGCAUGCUCAUUCUCUUGCAGUUACAAGCCAGCGAUUAUCUGUUGCUAACCAAAAGCUCGCAGAUAGUAGUAAAGAUCCAGAUGGUAUUAUUCGGAAAUUAAAGGAUGAAGUCCGCCAACAGCAAAGUAAACUUGAUCAAGUCAAUAAUCAGAUCCAAUCAAUUGCUGAAGUUACUUUACUUCAUUGGGAUGCUGAAGCAGUUUCGCUACAGUUAACCAUAAUUGAUAGUUCAUUAUUUAAUAAAGUAGAUUUCAAAAAAGAUUUUUCAGCAAAAGACAAAAGGAAUUCCAAAGUGCAAGCCUGUAUGGACUUCCACCGAUACUUAACUAAUAAUUUUGCACACCAAUUUAUUUAUGCAGAUAUGACUCGGACGUCCGUCAACUCUUCACGUGGAGCUCAACAUCCACGAGAAAGUAUUGUUCCUCAUGCUGUCAGAAUUGCCUAUUAUUUAUUAAAUGUUCAUCGUAAUUUUAAUAGCUUUGCUGCUUUGAUGAAAGCACUUACUUCUCCUGAAGUACGCAGGAUAAGACGUUUAUGGUCUAAUCUUCCUGCACGUACCACUCAAAUACUAAAAGAUCUAUCAUCAUAUGUGAAGAAAGAUAAUGAUUACAAAGCUUAUAGAGACAUGCUUGCACAAAAAAUGGAUUCUUUUCGUGGAGUUGGUCAAGGAACGAUCGUCAUUCCUUGGAUGCAACCUCAUUAUGAAGAAAUAAAAAGUAUAAAUCAAUCUUAUACAAGUGGAAAAUCUGGGGAUUCAUCCGACAUUAUCCUCUCAGCACCCGGUGCACGGAAAUUAGCAUCUAUAUUCGCUCUUCUUGAGCAAUGUAAAACUAACAUAAUGGCACAUGAUGAUGAAGAGUGGAAUGAAUUACGAAAACAUGUAACAACAUCACAACGUCAUAGAGAUACAAUCACCGUUGAUGGUACAACAAUUACAAUACCUCCGACCCUUUCAUGUUUAGGUUGUGGUGAUUUAGGUUUGCAUCAUUGGCUUGUAUCUAGAGUCUAUUUAACUAAGCAACAAUUAGUCGAUGAGAGCAUUGAGAUCGAACCUUUAGGUGAGAAUGAACAACUUCCUGUGGGUCAAUAUGACAUUGGAAGUGAUGAUGGUGACAACAUGGAAAUUGGUACCUCAUCUAAGCAUGUCUUUACAAGUAGUUCAACACCACCUCUUAACAAAGUUUCUGAGGAUAAUUCAGGAGAAGAAAGUAAUGAAGCAUUAGAAUCCUUGGAUACGCCAUCUUCAAUCAAGGAUUUCGUUUAUACUUCUAGCAAUGAGCAAACUAUUGAUAACGGCGUGUCUACUUCUGUUGCACAUGAAACUUCAAAACCAGUUGAAAAUGGCAAACCUGUUGGGAAGCCUUUAGAAGAAACGCCAUUCAAUUUAGAACCAGUAAAGAAUGAUUCUACCACUGGUUUUUCAAAUGGUAAAAUUGAGGGACCAUCUACUUUCGCUUCUAAAACUACCGCAAUUCCUAUUCCUCAAGUACAAAAAGAGAUUCAGAUUCAACCUAUUUUGUCGCCUUCAACAAAUCUAAACCCGAAUGCACCUGUUUUUAUUCCUAAACAACCAAGUGUAGGAGAUAAAAUAAGCAUCAAACUGAAACAAUUAGAGGGUAUUAAUAAAAACCGUGAUUCUGGAAACGAAUCAUCUGUAAAUAAGGAUGAGAAUGAAGAUGAAUUCGUAUAUCCUAAAUCAGAUGAAGAUGAAUUUGUUUAUCCAGAACUUGGUUCGCCCAAUGACGCUAAAGAUGGUAAAGAUAGUGAUGAUGACUCUUUUAAAUAUGAUUCCGACGAUGGUGAUAUGGUUUUUCCUCAUGAUAUUACUGAUGGCAAGAAAGACAAUGUUGCGAAAAAUGGUCUUAGUGGCGUUAUGACUACUACUAACACUAAAGUCGGAAACACUGAAAAUGGUAAUGUUCCGCAAAUCACGAUCAAGUUGCAAGGCAAUACCGUGACCAAAGUUAAUUAA